CAGCCAGUGCACCAGUGCAACCCAACAUCCGUCACUGGGCACCACCCUACAGUACGUCGUCGGUCACUCUCCCCCCCUCUCCUUCCUUGCCUUGCCCUUCCCGCAUCGCCCGCCCAGCCAGUUGGGCCCUAACACCCACCCCACCUACUAACUACUACCCACUCAACGCACCUACCUAGACGCACGCACGCACGCAUCCCCCCCUCCUCCUCCCCCCCGCCAGCGUCGCGCUCCUCUAGAGCCUAAGCAUAGCAUCAUAGAUCCUCACACUCUUUACUUUGUCCAUCGUCACACUCCCUCCCCUUCUUCCCCCCAUCACACUCAUCAAAAUCAUCAUCACCAUGAAGCUUGCGACCGCCUUCGCCCUCCUGGGCCUGGCAGCGACCACAUCAGCCUGGUCGUUCAACGAGCCCCGCGACAACGGCGCCUCGGCCGGCCCUGGCCACCUCGACCUGUACCGCAGCCUCGGACGCGAGGCCGAGCUCUCGAAGCGCGCCGCGGCCGGCGACGACGACGUCCAGCUCCUCGCCCUCCGUGCCUCGGUCCUCCACACGCGUAGGAAAUAUCUCCCCCACUUUGACGAGGAGGAGCAGGCCAAGAUCGAGAGCGACAUUGCCGACUUUGAGUCCAACGCCGGCGGCGACUUCUUCAAGCGCCAGUCGUCGUCGCUCGACUCGGGCAGCUCAUUGUUGACCGGCUGGGGCCGCGACAUCUCGUACUCUGCCAUCGUGGCCAUUGGCACCCCGCCCCAGUACUUUGACGUGCACAUGGACACUGGUUCGUCCGACCUGUAUGUGUUCGACCAGCGCUGUGCCGCCCCCGGAUGUGUCAACUCGCCUACCAAGUUCUACUCGCAGCAGUCGUCGACCUACCGCGACCCCGGACUGCAGCCCAAGAACAUUACCUUUGGUAUCGGCUACUCGGCCGGCCCCUUCGGCCAGGACCGUGUCGCCAUGGCCGGCUUCUAUGUUGGUGACCAAAUCUUCAUGCGCGCGACGGACCACGACGACGGAUACCUCGGCACCAACACUACUGGUCUGAUGGGUCUCGCGUGGAGCACGCUUUCGAUCAGCAAGAUCACGCCGUGGUGGCAGACACUCGCCUCGGGAUGGAAGGACAAGGAGUUUGGCUUCUACCUCGCCCGUGUCAACCCUGCGUCUCUUUCCGCCGCCACAACAGACAGGUACAACCAGCCUGCGUGGAUCGGUGGCCGUGUGACCUUUGGCGGCCUCGACCAGACGCUCUACCAGGGCCAGGUCAACUACGUCCCCCUCCUCGGCACGGACUACUGGCGUGUCCCCCUUGACGCGUUCACCGUCAACGGACGCCAGUUUACCGCCAGAACGACCGACAGCCAGAACUCGGCCAUCAUCGACACUGGCUCGACGCUCGUCAUUGGCCCCCAGGCGGCCGUUGACAAGAUGUACGGCGCCAUCCAAGGCGCGUCCAAGAUGACGGGCCAGUACCAGGGCUACUGGCAGUACCCCUGCAACGCGCUCACGUCGAUCUCGUUCACGUUCGGCGGCGUCGAGUACCCCAUCUACCUCGGCGACAUGACCCGUGGCCAGCUCUCGUCGAGACAGGGCUACUGCAUCGGCGCGAUCAUUGGCCAGCAGACGCGUACCGGCUCGCCCGUUCAGUGGAUUGUCGGCGACGUCUUCAUGAAGAACGUGUACACUGCCUUCCGCGCUUCGCCUCCUUCGGUCGGCUUUGCCCAGCUCGCCAACAACCUUCUCCCCUCGAGCGGCAACAAGGGUCAGACUGCCCAGGGCCCUGCCUCCAACUCGCUCGGCACCAACGGUGUGCCCAUUGGCGGCAGCGGCAGCAGCUCGGGUGGUGGCAGCGGUGGCAGCGGCUCGGGCCGCAACGCCGCUGGCCACCUCGAGGUUCCCGUCACCCUCGCGCUUGGUGCGGGCGGUGUUAUCGCGGCUCUUCUCUAAGACUUGCAUUCAUUUCAUCUCUUCUUGCGCGACGCCAAGACACACACGCUGGCGACGGUACACAUUUCAUACCCACAGAUGCAUUCUGUUGUAGC